GAUAAGCACUUAGUGAUGUCGGAAUAUGGCGUCUUAAUCAGCUGGAUGUUGUGUAGAGUGUGCCUGCGAUGCCCGUUUGUAGAAAACUAACGGAGACUACCGUCUGUCCACCGAAAUACGUGAGUUCUCCGAAAUUGUCGUGCAUGCCGAGCGAUCGUGCCGAUCCGAUUGGCAGUCGGGUCUUGAGAGAGGACUGGAUACGAGUCUGACCAAAAGACUCUAUGCAACAUGCCACCAGAUAGGCCAGAUGCAUCAGGUAUAGAAACUGAUAUAGAACUCAACUCUACUCAGGAUUAUAGUUUUGGAGAAACAGCCUAUACGAUGAACGACAAAGAGAAGGAAAACGCCAGCGUGCUGGCAGACGCAAAUUCGACCAACGAAUGCCAGAGUGAAAUUCCUAGAUGCGAAAAAUCGAUUGAAAAAAACAAUCAGUCGGACGACGAGUUGACGUCUCUCAGCUGGUUGCACCAGCAGAACUUACUUAAGGGUUUAGAGAUCUCGAACCCAUCGAAAAACAUGAAGCACGAAAACAUGCUGAACAACAAUAUCUGCGAUGAUAUCGCCGACUUCUCGGAAAACACAAAUUCGAUAUCGAGCUUGGACGAUAGUUUCUGUCCAGAGAGUAACGGAAAGGCAAAUACGGCAACGCUAAAUGGAAAUGGACAGAGCUACCAGCAUCCCGCUAAGAAUUGUCAAAAGUCAACGCAAAUAUUUCAGGACUCUAUGAAAAGUCACUGCAAUACUUCGCCAAGUAAUCAAACGAAGAUUUCUUUGAGCAACAAUAAUUUGCCAAUGUCUAAUCGCAACAAGCAUCCUACCCAUAUACCGUAUGAUCCUCAUUUACACAGAAAUAGUAAACCACCGUAUUCAUUCUCCUGCCUUAUAUUUAUGGCCAUCGAAGAUAGUCCCGUAAAAGCGCUACCCGUGAAGGAAGUUUACGCGUGGAUUCUAGAUCACUUUCCAUACUUUAGGAACGCACCUACUGGAUGGAAAAAUUCUGUCAGACACAAUCUCAGCCUCAACAAGUGCUUUCGGAAAGUGGAGAAAGCUCCGAAUUUAGGCAAGGGAUCAUUGUGGAUGGUGGACGCACAAUAUCGCCCAAAUCUGAUGCAGGCAUUAUCGCGCUCUCCUUUCCCACCUCCUACAACCCAGAAUUUGUCUUCGUCGGAAAAGACACCUAGAAAAUGUGUUAAUACACGUCUCCCAGAUCCGGUUCUCUUUCCAUACCUAUCUAAAAGACUGGCAUCUAGCAAUAUCAGUGACAACACAGAAACUGAGAUUGACAGCGAUGUGGACGCAGCAGCUGCUGCUAUGCUUUCUUUCAAACAUGGACCUAUCAUUUUGAAUCACAAUAAAGAUCGUAAACGAAAAUUGCCGGAAUCUGAAAAGUUGGUGCCUGUAAUUACUAGGAGUUCCAGCGAGGACCACACUUACAGCUGUAUCACCUCGGUAAAAUUGGAAAACAAACAUUCAAAUGAAGAGGAACUAAAUCAGACAGACUUUGACGAACAAAGGAAAAUUGCGGAAGGUGCCGACGCGCUUCUGAAUUUAGCCGGCGUCAGUACGGCGUUGAAUCACAGCAGCAGAACGCAUCACGUAACACAUGGCAUUAAUCCGGCGGCAAAAUCAGAGGUUCUGUCAAAACCAAAAAAACGUUCUGCUCCGAGUGAUUACUCAAGUGCUCCUGAGAAAAGGCGUAAGAGAUGGCGAGAUUGGGGGGAGGGAAAUCGAUACCUUAAACAGAUUAGAGGUUAACAUUAAUGAAUUUUAUUACAUUUCGGGGAAAUGUAUAGCAUUGGGAGCUGUCCAUUUGUGCGCGCGCAACGAGUGAAAGCAAUUUGAGAACAAUUCUAUCAUCUAGUGAUAAAUUUUUCAAACAAGUACUUUUUGUUUUGUAGUAUCGUCAGCAAAUUUCUCAUUCAUUUCUAAAAAAAAACCAAAACUUAACGUAACGUAACGAACUUUUAUAGAAAUUUCUUCAAUCGUGUCGAUUUCUCACUGCAGACACACAAAAUGCGCAUAUGUAAAUUCUUCCAUAAUAACUUCUAGUUGUGCUAGAAAGAAGAGAGUUGUUGGAUGCAUUUUGAAAUGAUUGGUGUGGUUGCUCAGGGUUUACAACAUGCUAUAUGCCAAAAUACAUUCGGUAGCACUAAACAACAAGCAAUAAUAGAGAUGUAGCGUUAAAGAGAUACUUUUUAAACGUGCUGUUGAAACAUGAUACAAUUGAAUAGUUCGUGGAAUAUCAAUGAAAGAAACUAUUAUUACUGAAGUAAGUAAUGGUAAUCUUUUUAGAAUUGUUGUGAGAGACGAUUAUACAUAAUUAAGUCGUAGACAGAAAGAGAGAGAGAAAGAAAGAGAGAGAGAGAGAGAGAGAGUUAUUAAUUAAUAAUAGAGUUAUAUAUGUUUUUUUUGUAGAUAUGUAUAGAGGCAUAAUUAACAUUUAUGAGUUUGUCGCAAAAAUAAUGAGACUGAUUUUUUUAAAUGUAGCGUGAUGUCAACAUAAAUACCAUAAUUCAGUUUGAAGCCCAGUGUUGUCAUAGCUCGUUUUGAAAAAUCGACCUUUUUGCGACAGACUGUGUAUAUGAUAGAGAAAUUAAUAUAUUUAAAAUGAUUAUUACACGCAUACACACACACACAUUUAUGUAUAUGUGUAUAUAUGUAUAUAAAAUGUAUGUAUACGUGCAUGUAUAUGCAGAUGUACACAUUAUACGCAUUAAGAUCGACAUACUCGCAUUCAUGUAUAUACAUAUGUACAAGGUGUUCCCAAAUUUGCGCUGGAAAAUAGUAUAAAAGUUUCUGAAAAACUGUAAUGUGAAAACUCACGCUCUUCUUUUCCUCCCAGCAGUAGCUUUCAAAUUACAAAGUCAUUUUUUAAAUCUGGUGAAUAUAUCUCGCGAUUGAAUAGUCGCGAUAUCGCCUGUAAACCACAAGUAGAGUCGAUUGAUAACGAUUGUACAUUUAGACAAAAGAGACAAGCAUAUUUAUUACGCGCUAUUUAUUACACAUAUAUAACUACUUAAUUAAUUACGUCAAAUAAUAUCCUUCAGGUCUCCCUAUUUGCAAAAAUCGUGUAGGUGUUUUCACCUACCUAGUUUUUCACGAACUUACAAUUGCAGCGCUUUUGCAUGCGAAAUUGAGGCCACCCUGCUCGUAAACACACCAUGUGCAUUGUUGCGCAUGUACAACAUGAUGUGCCACAAACGUAUUAUCAAAAGGAAAGAAAAUGUUGAGACAGACGUUUACAACAUGGUUCUGAAGAAAGAAACUUUGUCAUUUCACGUCUUUUUCUACUCUCUUCGUGGCUUUCAAGAUGAUUUUGAACAGUGUUGUACAUAUGUAGACUUCCUAAUGUAUCCAUAGACCAGUUUUGAUAUUCAGUUGGAGACUGAAUGUAUCGGCGAUCACGCUGACGAUAAUGUCGAUUGGACGGGAGAUGGUGAAUAGCGCUACACGGAGACAACCUAUUUUUAUAAAAACUGUAAAACUAGGAAAAAGUUUGAUAAUACCUUGUAAUUGUAAGAUAUGUAUGUGCGCUACAGAGAACGCGCGAGAGAACAUUAGGUAAGGCACAAACUGGUCUUGUAUACAUUGAUACGUAGUUCUAUAUAGAGAGAACAUAUAUUUUUACAGGGCGCCGCCCGCGUGAUAAAGGCUCUUCCUAAUAAUUCGCUGGUAUGCAAUUUAUUAGCUUAAAUAUCACUACAAAGUAUAAAUAUUAGUAAUUCGAAUGAACACACUGUUGUAGCGCAACCUGAUCGAUUUCUACAUAUCAAUUCGUGAUACAUGGAACUUGUAUAAAUAGGCACAUUUUAUUUGUCAUUUUCAACCCCCAGGGGGGGUUACUCAUCAUUAUCAUAACACUCUUUGAUAUCUGUCGAAAAGUCAACAUCAUAGAACGAGAAUACUAGCUUCACAGCAUUAUAUGCACUUUUACAUGUAGGAUCGAACCAAUAUCAUAAAUUUAAGAUGUUUUCACCAACUAUUCAACUGUGUAAUUCUGUUUCUAUACAUAUGCAAUUAUGAAAUGUUGCAUUAGUUGUGACACAAUAUCGAUAACUUGAAAGUCUCAAUAAUUUAGACACAUCAGGUGAUAUACUUAAGAAUCUAAGAAUACGAUUAUACGAUUUGCAUUAUGGACUUUGACAGGAUGCGCUACAUCAAAUAUUUAAUGUGAUUGUAGCUAGUCAGCUACACCAGAAAAGUUCAAUCUGAAGGUGCAAGAAAGAAUGCCAUGUGCUCAAUACACGAUAAUGUUGAAUCUAUUUAAUAAGCAUAAUUCGAUUGCGAUAUUAUUUAAAGGAUCGGAAAAAAUGGAAAAAAUUGGAUCUCUAAAACUUAUUGUCCCUUCCUUCAUUUAAAAUAAUUUUUUUCGAUAUAUAUAUUACGUUGCAUAUUCCGCUCAACAUUGUAUAACAUAUACAGGAUUUACAUUACUACAAACGAUCGAAUAUUUUUUGUCUUCAAAUUUUAUUUUCUAACUAUUAUCUGUGAUAUUAUAUUGCAAAAAUCAAUGCGAUAUCAUUGUUAUACUUCAGUGUAUCCGAAGUUUUAGAAUUUUAUAUAUUAUGUUGCUUAGCGAAAGAGUUGUGUAUAAAUAUAAAUACUAAUUAAUUGGCAUUCUUGCUCACACCUCAAACACUUUAUCUUGAUAUUGAGUGAAAACAAGCUGGUGUCUUUAAAUUGAUAAUGGAAAUUAAUGUUAUAGCUUCACGAUUUGUUAACAUUCUCUUAGUCUAGCUCUUGUUUGCUACGACUGAAGAUCUGUUCUUCCACAUGUAGUUAAUUCUAAAUUAAUCAACUAUCGGAGAUGGGGGAGGGAUUGCUAUCCAUCAUCAUAAUACGUGUAGCUAAUCGAUAGGCUAAAGUGUAGGUUAAAUCGAUUAGUCACAUAAUAUAAAGCAAUACACCAGUAAAUCCUGACAUUGAGCGAAAUACUCUAGUCAGCCGGUUCUUGUAGGAGUGUGGGGCUUAUGUGCAAUGCGUUAAUCGCGGAGUCAGGGCAAUGAAGCGAUAGACUGUUAUUCUAUAAUUACGUUAUGUAUAAAAAAGGAUAUAUAUAUAUAUAAAUAUAUUAAAAUCAUAUAUUCUUAAUGUGUAGCGCCGAUCCAAUGCAUGCGAUGGUGCUAUGUAUAAAAACAAUUAUCUGUUUCGAGUUACCAUUUUAAUGCGGAGCUUAAUAUUAUUACAACCGGCUGACAAGCAAAGUCAUACGACGGACACCAAAAA